AUGCCUUUAAGUGUUCACAGAAUUGCUUUGAAUUUUGAUGUCACUGGACAAACACUGCAUGAUGCUAUAGCUCAAGGUAGUGCACCUAAAUGCCCAGGUCCCUCUACAAUACUCACAGCUGAAGAAGAAAAUGAAUUAGUUGAAUACUGUUUGAACAUGCAAAGAAUUGGAUUUAAACUUACUAGAGCAGCCAUAAAUACAAUGAUUGUACAAAUGCUUAAAAUUAAAAACAAAGAAUAUUUACUUAAAAAUGCAUGGUUAAGAAAAGUACUAGCUCAAAAAGCAUCUGGAAUGUGUAUUCUGUCAUUACUAGUUUAUAAAGGUGUUAAUGUAAUUAAAGGUUUAUUAGAUAAUGCAUUAGUUUUAUCUAGUAUUGUUGCUACAUUUACCAAUACUGAUUACAUGCAUGAAAAUAUUUUUGGAAUGUACAUAGAGCAUUUUAACAAUUCAAUCCUCUCUACUAGACCUGUCUUGCUUAUGCUUGAUGGAGCUACUAGUCAUAUCAACUUAAUUAGUAUUAAAUACUAUAAUGAAAACAAUAUUCUUCUUUAUGUUUUAUCUUCUAAUACUACCCAUAUUCUUCAACCAUCUAAAACUUUUAUUAAAAAACUUAAGGCUAAAUAUGAUAAAGCAUCAGAUUGUUAUCAUUCUAAUAAUGACUAUGAAGUAGUUACAAAAUACUCAUUUGCACAAGUUUUUGAUAAAGCAUUUUAUGAAACAUAUACUCUGAAUGCAAUCAGACAUACAUUUGCUGCAACUGGUAUUUGGCUACUGAAUCUUAAUGCAAUUAACUCUGAUCGCUUAAUGCCUUCAUUACCAACUUAUAAACUUGUUAUUACAAGCUAA